AGAGAUCCAGGACCCCACGCUCUCCUUCCAUCUGAAAUUUCUCCUAUAAUUAAUGCCGUCUCGCACUCGGGAAUUCGCCCUCUUCUCUCAGAUCUCGAGACCCCAGCAAAUAAAUCCUCCCAAAUCUUACGUUUUCUCCUCCAAAAUCCCUUCUUUUGCCGCAAAGAUCCCAUCUUUCAUCGCAGAUCUGAGUAGCAAGUGAGAUUUUGUGAGAGUUGUUGCAAAGAUCUCAGCUUGAUGAGCAAAAUCUGAUCUUUGGGGUUGGUUUCUAUAUAGGGAGGAAGAGAGUUCAGUGUUUGUUCUUUAUCUGAGAGAAAGAUCUGGGAUUUCAUGAUGAGGAGGAUGGGAGAAGGUGUUUUGAUGAUAGUGGUGUUGGUGUUGGUUUGCGGGUUGGGGGUGAAAGGUGAUGCGUCAGAUCACAGGUAUAAGGAAGGGGAGCAUGUUCCUCUUUAUGCCAACAAAGUCGGGCCUUUUCAUAAUCCUAGUGAAACAUAUCGGUACUAUGAUUUGCCUUUCUGUGCACCAGACAAUGUGGCUGACAAGAAGGAAGCUCUUGGUGAAAUUUUAAAUGGUGAUCGAUUGGUUGAUGCACCAUAUGAGCUGAAUUUUAGAGAGGACAAACAGUCUAAAUCUAUUUGUAAAAAGACAUUGUCAAAAGAAGAUGUUGCGAAGCUUAGGGAUGCAGUUGCAAAGGAUUAUUACUUUCAGAUGUACUAUGAUGACCUACCUUUGUGGGGAUUUUUGGGGAAGUUUGAUAAGGAUAAGAUUGAUCCAACUGAGUACAAAUACUUGCUCUUCAAACAUAUUCAUUUUGAUGUCGCUUACAAUGAUGAUCGUGUCAUUGAAAUAAAUGUACAGACCGACAACAAUCUUGCUGUAGAUAUCACAGAGGACAAGGAAGUCAAUGUGGAGUUCUCCUAUUCUGUGACAUGGAAGAAAACAGAUAUUCCUUUCGAGAAAAGGAUGGAAAAGUACUCAAAAUCGUCAUCUAUGCCCCAACAUCUAGAGAUUCAUUGGUUCUCUAUAAUUAACUCUUGCGUGACUGUUCUCCUUCUGACCGGCUUCCUAGCUACCAUCCUCAUGCGAGUGUUGAAGAAUGACUUCAUUAAAUACUCACAUGAUGAUGAAGCUCUUGAGGACCAAGAGGAGACUGGAUGGAAAUACAUCCACGGGGAUGUUUUCCGGUUCCCAAAACAUAAGUCUUUGUUUUCGGCUGUUAUUGGAUCGGGAACUCAACUUUUAGCUCUUGCUAUUUUUAUCUUCCUUCUUGCACUUGUUGGAGUGUUCUACCCAUACAACAGAGGGGCUCUUUUUACAGCACUUGUGGUUAUAUAUGCUCUUACAUCUGGCAUUGCUGGUUACACAGCCACGUCCUUCUAUUUGCAAUUAGAAGGAACUAAUUGGGUGAGGAACUUAUUGUUGACCGGCUUUCUGUUUUGCGGACCGUUGUUCUUGACUUUCUCUUUCCUCAACACGGUAGCCAUAGCAUACAGCGCCACCGCUGCAUUACCUUUUGGUACUAUUCUUGUGAUCAUUCUUAUAUGGACACUAGUCACUGCUCCUUUGCUCGUCUUGGGAGGGGUUGCCGGUAAAAAUGGCAAGACAGAAUUCCAAGCUCCAUGCCGCACCACAAAGUAUCCCAGAGAGAUCCCUCAGUUGCCAUGGUAUAGAGGGACAAUUCCUCAGAUGGCGAUGGCUGGGUUCCUCCCUUUCAGUGCCAUCUACAUUGAGCUCUACUAUAUAUUUGCUAGUGUUUGGGGGCACAAGAUUUACACCAUAUACAGCAUCCUCUUCAUCGUUUUCAUCAUCCUCAUCAUUGUCACCGCCUUCAUCACUGUGGCAUUGACUUACUUUCAACUUGCGGUCGAGGAUCAUGAAUGGUGGUGGAGGUCUGUUCUAUGCGGAGGUUCGACUGGUAUAUUCAUAUUCUGCUACUGCUUGUACUACUACCAUGCGAGAUCAGAUAUGUCAGGCUUCAUGCAGACAUCAUUCUUUUUCGGUUAUAUGGCUUGUGUUUGUUACGGGUUCUUCCUCAUGUUAGGGACAGUCGGCUUCCGUGCUUCUCUGCUGUUUGUGCGGCACAUAUACCGCUCCAUCAAGUGCGAGUAAAUUUAUUCUGGAGAUGAGAAGUCUGCUCGACUAUGAACUUAUAACUGUAGCUCCUUGUUGCUUGGGGGGGCUCCAUGUAGCUGUAGCACUAGCCUUGGCCAAUUGCCUUUUCAUUGGUUUUCUAUGACAGGAUGCUUCUUUUCUAAGUCUAAUAUAUAUAUUUUGUUAUCAGAAUUUCCUUUACAUUGUUCCUGUUUUUAAGCAUAAAUGUAUGGUAGUCAUAUACGCAGACUUGUGCUAUAAAAAUUUUAAAUUCUUGUGGUUUUA